AUGCGUCAAUCGCCCUCCUCUCCCUCGCUGAUCGAAUGCUUCCUCCGCUCCCUCCCCGAGACGGUCUCUCAACUUUACAUGUUCGACGUCGUGUUCGAGGAGGAGAACGAAGAGUCGAUCGAGGCGUUGGCCAGACACGUCGCGGCGGCGCCGGCGCCAAGCCUCUUGACCGGCCUGACAGCGCUGCACGUCGAGACGAGCGAGAUAGACGUCAUCGGAGAGAUACUUUGUGCUUCAGGGGGGCGCGGAGACGGUAUUCUAUCGGUAGAGAAGCUGAGCCUGGAAUACUCCUCGAGGAACCGUCACCUCGUCCGGGUAGUCUGCAUCCUCUCUCGACCGCACCCCACGCUGGACCCGAUUGCUCUUACUCGCUCGCUCGCCACAACGGCCAAUGAGUCCCUAUCAUCGCUUGUGUUGAAGGUAGACAGCGGGUUAUCCUCCGGAGAUUGUUCCGAGUUAAUGCGCGAGAGGGUCGAGGCGAUCGCAGCCGAGCUCGCCGUCCCGCAAUUCGGUCGGCUCGUUCAGCGUUCAGUUAUACGUCGCGGUCAGAUCUACGGCAGACGACAAUCCGCCUUCUUGAGACGGGUUGGACGCGCGGGUCGAGAAAUAUCUCAAGUUCCUCUCUUCGCGGGGCGUUCUGGUUUAGGGCUGUGCGUAGUUGAGAACCGAACUACCGAAGAGAGUACGCUCUUCGACCAUUUUGACGGAUGGGAGGAGGUCGCGACACCAUAG